GGCAGCAUCAAUCGCGUCCCAAAAGACUGCGACUGCGGGCCGGAUUUCCCAGCCUGGGCCAAUGUUCGCAUGUCAACUCAACUUCAAUCAACGAACACCUCAACUUGCGCAAACUCCGUGGACAUUUCCUCCUACUGGACCCAGCUAGGCAUUGACUUCUACAAGAUGCCUGGCAAACAUGAACGCCUUCCCAGACGACUACGUGGUCCAUAAUCUGCCUCUGAUACUGCUCUCAGGCCUGGAAACACCAACCCAGUCUGAACAAGAUGCUGUAGGCCGCACACACACGUUCUUGCAGGAGGGAGGAUUUAGGAUCAAGACAGACAUCCCAGUCGUCCAAGGGCCAUUGGCAGCGCAAUUACUGGAAGCGUUCCGAAGCCAGGAUGCAUCCAGCAUACCAUGGCACUCGCAAGCACUGGCGGCGCGGAAUGGAAGGAGUUUCAAAAUCCUAAGUGUUGGAAGGGUAUACACUCUUCCUCCUCGUAAAGCACCACCACCGCCCCAUUCUCCUCGCUUAUCCGCCGCCGGUAACAACAGAAGCCCUCCACCUCCACUUGUGCUGCAUUCUCCCUUGUCGCCAUUGACGCCCAUAUCGCCAUUAUACCCUGACGGCCUUCUUUCCCCUCUCUGGAUAACGAAGCAUCAGUCUCGCCUGCCCUGCGCGUUUCUCACCUUCUUUACUCUGACCUCCAACCCUCACACGAGCUCUCUACAAGACAACAAGUUGAAGUCGGAGAUAAACAAUAUUCGCAAUGUUUUCUCUUCGACCAACUACAAGACUAGACUCGUGGUCGUUCUCCUUGGAGACGGCCCCAUAAGCCCAGGUGACCUUGAGGAUCGCUUCAGCACCGUUCGACGUGCAGCAGGGCUUGACGGGAAGAGCAUUUAUUUUCUGCCACACAAUUCUUCGUCAGUUGAGGUGAAGGAGUUGGCUAAUACUGUACUUUCAAAUCUUCACUCCGCGUGUAUAGACUAUUACCGUGAUCUUUCGAAACAUUGCCGGCGAAAGCGCAAUAGGAGUGUUGUACCACAACCGACUAUACAGCCAGGCACAUCCCAUGUAUUGUCCUUGCAAGGUUGGAACGUUCGGUACGAGUUCAAGCUAGGUGUACUUGCCGAGUUUCGACAAGAGAUGGAUGCAGCGUGUCGCAACUAUGAGACUGCCUAUGAAGGUCUUUUCGGUCCGGAACUUAUCGAUGCCAUUGCUGUGUGGAGUCCACGCUUUAACGAAGCAAGGCAGCUGGCAGAUAUCAUCGCUUUCCGCAUACUACGAUGUCUGCUGUGGACAGAUCAGGGGUCGACAGCGGUGAAGGCCUGGACAAGCCAUCGAGAAAAAGUCAGAGAUCUCGUUAACCGGAGAGGGAAAGGAACCGAGAGUUACGGUUGGGAAGCGUGGCAAUUUACUUGGGCAAAAGUGAUGGCAGAUUUGCUGUCAAGGUCCGCAUAUCCACAGCUAAAUGUCAACGACCCUCAAGUCCCGGACUUGCUGCCAAUUUUUGCUGCCACCGACAAAAUCGCUCUUGGAGUCGAUCGUGGUAUCCCUUGGGAACAGCCACAUCAUGAGGGUUAUUGGCUGGACAUUGCACGAAAGCGCACGAGAGCACGUCGAGAAUGGGCUCUUCAAAUUCCCGAAGAAGACAGGCACUCACCUGGUCGCUCACCUGCAUCUGUGGUUGCCAGCAAAGCUCACCUUUAUGAUACAUACCUGGCACUUGAGCCGUAUCGGGAGAUACCUUCGGAUGGGAGUCCGGGGUAUGACUACCGACAGGAUAUCGUAUCUACCAUUCAGAGUGCUAUCCAACACUUCGCGAAGCGAGGGCAACUACGGAAGAUCGAGGUUCUGGAAUUGGAAAAGGCUCUCGAGGAAUUCCGAAACGGCUCUUGGACGGCAGCUGUUGUGAUUCUUCAGGCUAUAUGGGCAAGCCCAAAUUGGAGGCGUGCAGGAUGGUGGAGACCCCUUCAGCAAGUUGGCUGGGCCCUCUUGGAUUGCCUUGCACAUGUGGACAGACCGGAUUUGCUCAUCCCGCUGCUGUGGGAGCUCUCCAAUGUCGUUUUCGACAGGAAGUCCGGGACUGAAUAUGACUUGCGCAAGGCCAUGGCGAGAUUUGCAGAGAGUUCCGACCAUCCCUCUGUCGCUAUUGACAUGGACGAAGCACUAUCACCUAUUGUCCCGGCAUUCGUCUUUUCGAGUCACGACGUAUGUGUCGGAGAGCCCGUAGAAUGCCAGCUCACUGUACAAGCUCGAGCACAGGCUUGGCUGCCUCCUAUUGAACUUACAGAGGUAAAGAUCGUUUUCGAAGGGAGUCUGAAGCCAAUCUACUUGGUUGCGGACGACAAGCAUGCGUCCACAGCGACCUCUGCCGGUGCUGAAUUCGCUAUUGUCCCUCUUCAGGAAUCAUCAGUGUCGACGAACAAGAGGUCUUCCGCCGGAGGCAUUGCGUCUUUGACAGGAAGCGCCAAUCUCAGUAUAGCUCCCGAUCAUAUCAGGAUCAUUUCCCUACAGAUUCUGCCGAGGGAAGCAGGGGAGCUCUCUGUUGCUUCCAUAACGCUACUCUUCAAUGACCAAAAAUUCUCUCUGGCGGUCACCUCGUCAGACUUUGAGCAUUCUGCAGCUCAAUGGUGGGUGACGAAAAACGGCUUACCGUUCCCUCGGACUUUGGGACCGGAAUCCAACGCGUUCAAUAGUAUAAAUGUGCAACCCAAACCACCGAAAGUACGGAUCGAACCGCAAGGUCUGCGGAAAGCAUACUAUACAAACGAAACUAUCAACAUUGGCUUUGAUCUCCUGAAUGAAGAAGAUGAGGAUGCUGUUGUGUCUGUCAAAGUCAAAAUGACCAGUCCUGUCGAAGACUCGGCACGGAUAAGGUGGCUCGAAUCAACGGAUGGCGAUACUGAAAUGUCAGAGACCGGCAUUCUCACCUUGCCGGCGCAAGACCUGGGAACCAUUCGACCCUCUGAACGGACGACGAUUUCGAUUUGUAUAGAUGAAACAGUCGCUCCCGUCGACCAUGAGAUCGAGAUUAUUGCAACAUACAGCCUUGCUUCCGAUCCUGAGACGAUAUUGACGAAGAACCUGGCUAUCGACGUUGGAGUCAUUCGGCCGUUUGAAGCAAACUAUGAAUUCAUCCCACGCUUGGACAAAGACCCAUGGCCGAGCUUCUUCGAAGCGCCAAUGCCUGACACUGACUCGUCAACACCCUCGGGGCUGAGACAUCAAUAUUCGGUAACAUCAAAUCUUUACUCGUUCGCUACAGAGCCAUUAAUGAUCGAAGCCAUUCUUCUAGUUGCCACCAAGAUUUCUGGUGGUGCGGUGUGCUCGUCAAGUACUGGCAUUGUGAGGAAGCAAUCCGACACGAGUUCCACGGAAGACAAGACACCCAUCUCCGCGGUAGUAUAUCCUGAUCAGACUGAGAUAUUUGAUUUCGACUUGACCGUGCAGAAACUCAUCUUGGGUGACCGGCAUACAGUGGGAGCAGAUCUCGCAUUAGAGAUUGGGUGGCGUCGUCAGGAUUCCGAGACAGUUAACAGCACAGUGCUCGAAGUGCCUAAGUUGGUAGCGGCCAUGUCGGAACCAAGGGUGAUGCUCACUAUCUCCAAGGCAGGACCAUUGGGGUCAUCAGAGUUCUCAGCAUAUCACCUGCACUUCAUGAUUGAGAACCCAAGUAUGCAUUUUCUCACCUUCAAUGUCUCAAUGGAUGCCAGUGAGGACUUUGCCUUCAGUGGCCCCAAAGCUUGUUCUCUGAGCUUGGUUCCGAUCAGUAGGCAGUCGGUGACUUACCGCAUUCUGCCCAACAAGAAGGAUGAAUGGAUUGGAGUUCAUUUCAACGUGGUUGAUGCAUACUUUGGCCAGACGCUGAAAGUCUUGCCAGGAGGCUCUGACGUGAAGGUUGAUAAGAAAGGAAACGUCUUGGUCAAAGUAUAGACAUCAGAUAGCCCGAAGAGUCUUAGAUGUCAGAGGUGAGGAUGAAAUAUCACUUCCUUGACCCGCUCUUCCAUCUCAAUUUCUCGGUGUUCUUUAAGUGGCGACUAUCGCCGCUAUGCGGCUACAAAACUGCUGCGUCAUGCUUGGCGUGAAUUCCUUCUUGAAGUUAAUAUGAGGCCCAACU